GGCCAAGAGCAAUACAAUAUUGUUUCUAAGCUCCCGAAAAAUCAGGAACCCCUCCCACUUUGUCGGUAAGCAUGCAACCAUUAGCAAAACAAGGGAGGCAUGUCGACCAUGCUAUUUGGGAAUUGUUAAUUGUUAUGCUCUUGGUCAGACCAAGUCUUGAAGAGAUUAGAAAGUUGAUAUUAAUCAGGCUAAUGGGCAGCCUAACUAGCGGAAAUUCCGCGAGAGUAAUGAUAGCAUUGAAAUGGACUUGGCUUACGUAACAAGAUGAAGUGCAAGACUAGAUAUAGUAUAAUUGGAUUUACCAAAAGAAUUUGAUUUACAACUUACUAUCUGGAUAGUGUUAACUGACAAAAGAUAACUCCAUCUUGUCUAAAAGAAGAAUUUCGGUAACCAGGAAACAUGAUGGCUUUAAAUUAGGAUUGCCAACCGUCCUUUGAAAUGUGGAAUUGUCCUCUAAUAAAAAACAAAAUUACGUUUCCGUAUUGUGCUGAAACAGAACAUAAUUUUGUUAAAAUGCAGGAAACUGCAUCAAUUUUUUAGGGGGGAGGGCACCCACACCCCCACGACAAUGAGAUGUGACUUGAUAACGUUUCAAUGAUAACUUUUCACUAUCUGUCUCCUCAGAUUUUUUUUAUAAUAAUGCUUACAAGUGUCAUCUUUGAAAUUAUCAAAUGUUUAUGUGCACUAAUUUCUCACAACAGUGUGUCUUUUUCUUUCCUGAUCAGAUAACAUGCGGCUGGCGGUGUUAUUUUGAUUUCAGUAUCAGAAUCAGAUUCACCAGGAGUGGCUGAGAAGACAAAAAAGAAAUGAGGAGCCAGAGAAGGAGGAGGGAAAGAGAAGUAUGGCGGGAGAAGGUGCAAAGCUUCAUUGCUUGUAGCACGACAGAUUGCAUAAAAUAAUGUGUGUACUUUCUUCAGAUUACCAAGCGGUUUGCACUCCUGUGGAGGCAGGGAGGUGAAUAUGGAAUGCGGUGACUCAGCUGUGUGGACGGGAUGGGGGGGGUCUUAACGAGAGGACAGGACAUGGCUCUUCCCUUCUCUGGGGUUCAGAACAGCUCUCUGAACCCCACGGCGACACCGUCCUCUUCUUCCGCCCACCGUGCGCCUGCGUACGGCCUGUCCUGCCUCAGCAUGGGCCUGGGCGUGGUAUCCAACCUCACCGGCCUGGCUGUGCUGGCCGCCUCCUACAGACGCAGACACGGCCGUCGACGCCGCACCAAGGCCCCCUUCCUGCUGCUGGCCUGCGCCCUGCUCCUCAGCGACCUGGCGGGCCAAGUGAUCCCAGGUGCUUUGGCCCUGUACCUGCACCUGGAGCAGAGGCGUCGCCCUCCCCCUCUUCCCGGCCAGCGGUUCGAGCCGUCGCAGCCUGUCUGUCAGCUGUUUGGGGCCUGCAUGGUGUUUUUCGGCCUGUGCCCGCUGCUACUGGGUAGCGCCAUGGCGAUGGAGCGCUGCCUGGGCAUCACCACACCUUUCCUGCAUGCCAGGCUGGCCACCGCCACGCACGUUCGUCUGGUGGUGCUCCUGGUGGGGGCGCUGGCGCUCUCCUUGGCGGCUCUGCCCUUACUGGGUCUCGGCAACUACGUGCCACAGCACCCUGGCACCUGGUGUUUCCUGCUGGUGCACGGCGGCGGUGGCGGCAGCGGCGGGGGUGGGCAGCAUCAGCGGCUGACCCCGGCCCACGCCACCCUGGCACUGACGUUUUCGAGCCUGGGCGUUGCGGCGCUUCUGCUGUCCGUGCUGUGCAACAGUGUGAGCGGGGUGACCCUACUGCGUGCCAGGCGAAGGUGUGGAGGACCAAGGAGCUCUGUCACUACCACCACCGUCACCAUCACUACCGCCUCCGUCAGCACUGCCAAACGGCACCACGGUCCACCCAGCACAUCCUGUUCGGUGGGCGUCCGAUCUCUGGACCUGGAGAUGAUGGCACAGCUCGUGGUGAUUAAUGUGGUGUCGUGUGUCUGCUGGUGUCCUUUUCUGAUUUCCAUCUCGCUGUCGGUUGGGGAGUCCCUGGUGAUGGGUUCCUCUCCCCCGCCUCCUCUGAUGCUCCAGAAGCAGGAGCGGCGUCUCCUGCUGAGCCUGCGUCUGGCCUCCUGGAACCAGAUCCUGGACCCCUGGGUCUACAUCCUGCUGCGCCGGGCCGUGCUGCGCCGGGCCUGCUGCUGCUGCUGCUGCUGGUUGGGCCCGCGUCAGAACCACAGGGCUACUCUCUCACUCCACAGCUCCAGUACCGAAUCCCACAGACAAGAAGCAGACAGAAACUGAAAAGGUCCAUUUGGCCCUUUACCAUCCUUGGCUUUGAAAAUUAAACAGUUUAUGAACUAACAAAGUUUUGAAGACAGCUUUCGAAGGCUUUUUUUCUGAUUUCUUUUCCUUUUUCUCUACCUUUACUCACACUCACACACACACACACACACACACACACACACACACACACACACACACACACACACACACACACACACACGCACACACACACACAGACACACACACACACACACACACCCUCUUUCUCUCUCUCUCUUUCUCUCUCUCUCACACACACAAAUAAUGUUACUCUCUUAUUACACAUAAUGAGAUGUAAUAAAAGAAAUCGUGAAUCUUGAAUAAGAUGUGGUCAGUCUGAUUGACUAGAAGUAGAAGUAUUGUUUCUCAUGUAAUUACAAGACUAGUUGUUUGUUAUUACAUAGUUGCAAUUAAUACCAUACCACAAGUGUUGUAAUUACAUCUCUAAAAGUACCUCAACUUCUACAUUGUACAUCUCUGCAGAGACAUGAACAUCACAUCACCAAUGUGCCAACAGAGUUCAGUUCUAGUAGGCAACUAGACUUCCUGUGUUCAGUCCAGUCCAGUUCUGUACUUCUAAACUGUUUUGACUGUGAUUACCUGGAGGUUCUUCAUUUUUUAGAAAUACCUUUUCAAUGUAUAUUUCAAAGUACCAACUCCGUCAAACAAUAACUAGAGCCUAAUGCAGUCAUUGUUAUGAGAAAGUCGGUAAACUAUCACCAGCUCCCUGCAAAUAUGUAAAACUGAAACAAAUGCUUAAAUGAAUAUGUACAUUCAUUUCAUGCGCAGAAGAAUUUGUAGAAUCUACUGUGGUACUUGUGCAUCCCAUUAAUUGCUUGUGUUCAUGUUAAUUGCUGAUUCCCAGUGUUACAGUGUGUUGAUGAAAUACAGUGAUUGCAGUGAUGUAAAGUAUUGAUCAUCUGUCCUGUAAUGUUUUUUUUCUUUUUAUCAUGUUGUUUUACAAGGCUGUUUUGUCUGCUAUUCACUACUGUAUGUGCGAUCUCAAUGUAAAUCAAGUUCCAUCAGGUGUGUG